AUGGACGCCUCCAAAUGCAGGCAAAAUCUAGACAAAAUGGAAAAGCACGAUGUCGAGAACAGCCCGCAGUUGGAUAUUUUAGCUAUCCCAGCCCUAUCUGAACCUGAUCGCCAAGACGAGAAGCAGGUAGUCCACAAGUUGGACUGGAGGAUGGCACCUCUCUUUGCUGCACUAUACUUCAUUGCAUACCUCGACCGAAGCAACAUCGGCAAUGCCGCAGUCGCCGGCAUGACCACCAGCCUGGGACUCACUGGACCCCAGUAUAGCACCGCCGUCAGCGUCUUCUUCGCUACCUACGUCCCUCUCGAGAUCCCAAUCGUACUGGCCAUGCAAAAGGUUGGACCCCAUCGUGCCAUCGCCCUGAUGUGCUUUGGUUGGUCUGUGGUCACGAUUGGGACGGCGUUCGUCAAGAACUUCGGGGACCUCGUUGCCGUGCGAGUCUUGCUGGGUGUAACUGAAGCUGGGUUUUUCCCCUGCUUGAGUUUGUACAUCUCCAUGGUCUACAAAAAGGAAGAGCAAGGUCGUCGAAUUGCCUACUUGUUCUCGUCUGUGGCUUUGGCUGGGAUGUUCGGCGGACUCAUUGCUACUGGAAUUACUUAUAUGGGAAGCAGACAUGGGGUAGAGUCGUGGAGUUGGCUUUAUAUCAUCGAGGGCUGUAUCUCUAUCCUUGUGGCAUCCUGGGUCUUCUUUGGUCUACCUGCAAAUCCCACGGAAGCCAAGUUCUUGACUGCUAAGGACAAGAAUGUUAUCGCCAUUCGUGAAGCCCAGCGCUCGCAGUAUAUGGGAAGCCUUGUGUUUGAAUGGUCAGAGGUCGGAAAGGCAUUGCUGGAUCCCAAAGUCUGGCUUACGGCCUUCAUUCAAUUCUUCCAAGACAUCAUUCUCUAUGGAUUUAGUACAUUUCUGCCGUCUAUCUUGAGGCUAGAUCUUGGUUAUAGCACUCUUCAAGCCCAAUAUCUAAGUGUGCCGGUUUACUUGUUGGGCGGCAUAUCUUUCUUCACCGCGGCUGUGUUAGGCGACAAGUGGAAACUUCGAGGCACGAUACUCUUCACCCUCGAUAUUUUCGCUGUCAUCGGUUAUGCUAUCUUGCUUGCGGUCCCAGCCAUUGGCCUCCAACAAACCAUCGGGAAUGCUGCUGGCAUUGUAGCACCUCAGGUUUACCGUGCUGCUCCAUACCGCCUUGGGCAUUGGUGUUCUUUGGCUUCCGUCCUGAUAUCUAUGGGUCUUAUCGCGACCCAGAUUGGAUAUCUACACAUCCUUAACCGAAAGAAGUCCCAGAUUGGCCAUGGCGAGCGUUCAGACGAUCGAAAAGAGACAACCGGUGAGGGCGAUUUGGCUUUCAAAUACGUGUACUAA